CUGUCCUUCCUCCCUCCCCUCUUCCCCCAACCCCCCAUCUUCCUCGUCUCGUUCUCCUGAACCAUUAGAAAUCACUUUCUGCAUCCCUGUCACUCUCCAACCCACAUUUAUCCAAUGAUCAAAUGCACAGCUCCAUAUUAGUCCACCUUCGCGUCGAAACCUUGACACCUAUUUCAGCACAGAGAAACGAGUAGUCCCUCUAGAACCCCCGACCGCUUGACUGCAUCCUGUAAAUCCCUCUAGGUCAAAAUCCUUCAAAAUCAUCGAUCGCCGCAGCUCAGUUGAUCCUCGAGCGAACGCAAAAGUCGCGUACCAGUAAAUCGUCGUCCACGGAAAUAGCCGCAUUUGUGAACGUUUCUGCGCGGAUUGCAAUAACCUUCCAUAGUGAUUCAACAUCGUAGCAGCCUUACGGAUUUUUGCACCGCAAUCUCGCAGUAGUCACAUUUCGUCUCCACAAUCCUCGCUGCCGCGUCGCCUUCGUACCGACCGCCAUGUUGCGCGUAUUCGCCACAAGAGCGGCGCAGCAAUUUCAGCGCCACGCCGCCAAUCGAGCGCUCAGCGCGCUCGCCGCUUCCGCCGCCGCGGGCGGGAUGGGCGGCAUUGCGGCGGGCAGGUGGGGCAGCGUGUGGAAAAAAUGCCGGCCGGACGCCGCCACCGCCGCCACCGCCGCCACCGCCGCCACCGCCGCCACCGCCGCCGCCGCCUCAAGUAACGCGCCCUUGGAUCUCGAUUUCGCGCAGCUCACGCCAUUGGCAUUCGCGAGGCGCUACAGCGCCGGUCCCGCCGCAUGUGGUGGCGACAGCACCGGCGGCAGCAGCGGCGGCAGCAUGGCGCAUGGCCCCGCGGAAAGCGGAGAUAAGCCGCCCGACAUGGUCGCUGCAUGCGGUGCGGACAACAUCUACCUUCAUCAUACCAACGUGGGAUCCGCCGUGCAUUCCGCCGCGAUCACCGUCGGCCUCAUCCACGCGCUCGAGCCGCUCCGCCCGGGAAUCGGCUACUUCCGCCCGGUCGACGGCACCACGCACGGCGGAAACCGCGCGGAUCUCAUGCGCAAGAUCUUCCGCCUGACCACCCCCGUGCGCGACAUGUACGGCGUGUCGCAGGACCGCGCGACUAGUCUCCUCCACUCGGACCGCGUCGACGACUUAGUUGACGAGGUGCUGACGUCAUACGAGCGGUGCCAGCGCGAGCACGAUUUUGUCGUGGUGGAAGGGACGUCUUUAAGGGACGGGAGCGUGUCGGCGCCGGUUAACGGGCUAAUCGCGUCCGCGUUAGGAGCGCCAGCGAUACUGUUGACGGACGCGCACGCUGCUGCGGACUCCAGCCAUCCCUUCUUCAGCAUGGAGGAAGUGGACUGGCAAGCCGACGCGGUUCACAGCAUGCUGGAGCACGCGCGCAUCCUAAGAAGCACCCACGUGCACGUGGCAGGCUCCUUAAUCUACCGCGUCCCGAAUGCCACCUCCUCCCCGCGCGCCGCCCUCCACUCCUCCCUCCGCCUGCGUGACUAUAUCGAGGCGCACUCGCGCUCGCAGGCCUACAUCCGCCCGUUAGAGGGACGCCAGUACCAGCCCAUACCGCUGCUCGGCGCGGUGCCAGAGGAUUCCUCGUUACAGUCACUCUCGGUAGAGGAACUGAGGAAGGCGGUCCUGGGGGAGGUGUUAUAUGGUCCCCCGUCGGCUUUCGCUGCUGCUGAGAAGGAUGAGAGGAGGAGCAGCAGCAGCAGCAGCAACAAUGCAAGCAGCAAUAACAGUACAAGGAAGGGCAAUAGUGCAAGCAGCAGCAGCAGAAGCAGCAUCAGCAGCAGUAAUAUCAGCUUGUUUUUCGAUCGCUCUACACCGACGCCAGCUGUCGCAUCCGCAGCACGCCACGUCAGCAGCAGCUACGACGAACCCAGCGGUUGCCACGUCAGCCGCCAGCUGGGAUUUGUGCCCGGGGCCGGACAGAUGGAUGUGACGAAAACGGUGGUGGCAACAUCGCCGUUUGAAGAGCUGGUGGAAGAAAUUCCGAGCGUGUGUGACUAUAUCGAUAAUGCGGCAGUGUUCGGUGGUGACUAUAACGAGGGGGGAGUGUGCGUGGUGACGCACGCGUGCGACACGGACGUGCUUCUGGGGACGAUGCAGCUCAGCCAGGCGAAAACCGACAAGCGAGUGGCGGCAGUUGUCUUAUCUGGGGGCACUCCACCCACUCUCACUUUGGACAAUAUCAUAAGGACCACCAACCUGUCAGCCUCGCUCCCAGUGCUGCUCUCCCCGCUCACCCCGCACGACAUCUGCCUCUCCAUCGCCCAUGCACAGUCCGCCCUGCACGCCACGUCCCACGCCAAGAUCCGCCGGGCGCAAGACCUUUUCCAAGACCACGCCGACACGCCCACCCUCCACCGGAUCCUCUUCCAAGAAGCUUCCUCCGGCCUCCACUCCGCACACGUCUCCCCACGGGUGUUCGAGCGGGGGAUCUUUUCCCGGGCGCGGGAGGCACAAUCCCAUGUCGUGUUAGCCAAGGGAGCUGAGCCUAAGGUGGUGCAAGCAGCGGGAGAGGUGCUCAGGAGGUCGCUCUGCCGGUUGACUCUCCUAGGGAAGCCAGAUGAGGUGCUUUUACAGGCUAAGGACCAGUGUGUGGAUUUAUCCGGAGCGAAUAUCGUCGAUCCCGGAUCGAGCCCGGAUUUGGCUCGGUAUGUGGAGCUGAUUUGCGAGGCGCAGUUGGAGCGAGGGGUGACCAUGGGUGUGGACGAGGCUCGGCGACUGCUGCUUUCCGAUCCUGCAUCUUUUGGUUCGGCGAUGGUUGCCGCGGGGGAGGCGGACGGGAUGGCGGUUGGGGGGAUCCGGCCGAACGGGAACGGGAGGAUCGUGAGAGGGGUGAUUAAGACGCGGCCGGAAAUGCCCGUUGUUUCCGGGGUGGUUUUCAUGUGUCUCCCUGAUAAGGUGCUCGUUUAUGGGGAUAGUGCAGGGAACACUAUUCCUACGGGUAACACCAUUCCCACUGGAAAGACUGUUCCUACCGUUGGUGCCUUUUCCGCGCGGCCGCCACCACCAAGCACAGCAGCAGGCAGUUUGGGUUCGGCCAAUGGGAGCAUGGGGAUGGGGAUGAGCAGCGCUGAUCCGACGGCUGAGGAGCUCGCGAUGAUCGCCAUGUCAUCGGCUGACACCGCUGCAGCCUUUGGCGUGGAGCCACGUGUCGCGCUGCUGUCCAGUCAUUCGAACCAGCAUGGUGCCACGAGAGACCCCUUGGCAGAACGCAUUGAGGAAGCGGCCAGUAUAAUCAAGGAGCAAAGGCCCAACCUCGCCGUGGAAGGCCCGCUUCCUUAUGACGCUGCUGUGGGUGAGGAUAGAAGCCAGGGGGGGUCCAUUUUAUGUGAUAACUCGGACGUGGCCGGCAAAGCUACAGUGCUGAUUUUCCCUGAUAUGCACAGCAGCACAAAUAUGUACAGGAAGCAGCAACGGGCGUCGCGAGCUGUUGCCAUGGGGCCGGUAUUGCAGGGUUUGAGGCGGCCUGUUAGUGACGUAACAAACAGUGAUAGUGUGAGGGACUUGGUUACGACGAUUGCCAUAACUGGCGUGCAAGCAGCAGCCAUGUCUUCUGUUUCUGGCUCUACGUCCAGUUGAAUAACCAUUAUACAUCUCAUUUCUAGGUUGUAUUCCUCCUAUAUAUUUGAUUGUGCUA